AACGCCAACAUGGCGGACGGAAGAUUUCCUUUGUAUCACGCCGCCGCCGCGGUGCGUCGCGCGGCUUCCCCACCCGUCGGCAUUGAGCGUCGUCAGCGAGGCCGUUUCCUCGCGCGACGCCCAUACAACGCAUGCGACGCGACCUGGGCAUCGCGCCACCGCUUCGUCGUGUCUCGCCACUCGCUCGGCGACGUAUUUCGUCACCGGCGCUCUCGCCUCGAUAUAGCACAUCAGAUCUCUCGCACGCACCGUACGUGCAAUGAGUGAUAAACAGGGUGCACCUAUUUUACCACCCCUUAAUCGGGGUGCGGCUAAUAAUGGAGGAAAUAACGGAAGUUCAGCUCAACAGACUGUCAGUCUACAACAGGUUCUCACCUCUCCUCAAGGCCUCAAUGUCCUCUCCACUAGUGGACAACAGUACGUUAUUACGACUCAGAUGCCUGGUCUACAGGUUAUACCACCGAACAAUGCCACGACUAACGCGAGUGGAACGCAACAAGUCGGUGUCACAAGGUUCGUCAACAUCACACCACCGCGCAACGCUGUUGGCAGUGUCGGUGUUGCCGGCACGUCGCCUCAUUCGUCACCGGUGGUGUCGCGGUCACAGAACUCUACUAAAGUUAUGCUGACAACGUCGCCAAAACUCGUACGCACCUCCAUAAGUAACGUGUUCGUGGCGCCAAUGUCCUCAUCAUCGUCGUCGUCGCAGGUAUCAUCGCCACAAGUGCAGGUUCAAUCGCCAUCACCGCCAGCGAGGAAACGGUUGAAAUUGUCGGAAACGACGGAAAAACUGAUUCCAUUUGAUGCUAUCGGCUACCGCAGGCGGAUAAUGGAACACAAGAUGCGGCGGAUGCGCAGCGUACGUGAGAAAUAUUCUGAAAACGCAUCAGAAUUGUACUUUCUGCACACUGGUGGCAACAUAAUGGAUUACUAUACCUGGCGGAAACGAUCUCCGACGCCGCACUUCGUAAAUUUUCUACGUCAGCAUCGACUCGACCCGGAUGACGAAGAUGAGGAUCUGACUACGCCACUGUCGUCGAUUCCAGAAUUCUCGCAGCUAUCCGCUGUCGCGACUACUGUCACUACUACGACCGCCAGCAGUGCUAUUGUUACUGCUACCACCGCCGUCACAACUGUCACGUCCAGUUCCACGCUGGUCCAAAUCCCAAAUCAAAGAGCGGAAGUUAAAAUUGCUGGGGUGGGCAGUACGCCAGUAGCAGUAUCCACCACUCUCCCUGCUGCGGCUCUAGCCCAGCUUACUCAAGGACAAGUACCAGGUAGGCCUCAAGGGGGCCGCCAUGGCAUGGUGUUUGCCUUCCGAGCGGCAAUCCAGUCUUCACCAGUCACCGUUCACCCUCCAUCCGCUUCUACCGUAGCACCCACGCUCAUUAUAGGUGGAACAUCAGUGGUUGCAGACUCGAAACUGGCGACUACUACCGCUAAUCCAGUAGUGGAAAAGUCUUCGCCGUCGAUAACCACUAUCGCUACCCUGAAAACGUCUAUAACAUCAACUACGCUCAAUAAUCCCCAACCUAUUGUUAAACUCGUUAAAUUGUCUACACCUACUACCAUAACUACUUCUUGUGAUAUCACAAAUAAUCAGGAACAAAUUGUGGAAAAAGCUAAACAGGAGGCGUACGUGAUGCAAAGGAUUGCGGAGUUGCAACGUGAGGGAUUAUGGUCGGAACGGCGAUUGCCGAAAGUGCAAGAGCCGACCCGAACCAAAGCCCAUUGGGAUUACUUGCUGGAGGAAAUGGUCUGGUUGGCUGCUGACUUUGCUCAGGAACGUAAAUGGAAGAAGGCAGCGGCGAAGAAGUGCGCGAGAAUGGUGCAGAAGUAUUUUCAGGAAAAAGCGAUUCAAGCGCAAAAGGCUGAGAAAUCUCAAGAGCUCCGGCUAAAGAAGAUUGCUAGUUUAGUCGCUAAAGAGAUCAAAACCUUUUGGGCUAAUGUUGAAAAAUUGGUGGAGUAUAAGCAACAAACAAGGCUGGAAGAAAAACGGAAGAAGGCGUUGGAUCAACAUUUAAAUUUCAUUGUGGGUCAAACGGAAAAAUACUCCACGUGGUUAACAGAGGGUCUCAACAAGACCGACGGUCCGCAAAGUAUUCCAGCUUCCAUAAAUAGUUCACGUAUUUCUUCACCAGUUCCAUUAGGAAAAAGUCAUUCCGACGAGGAAUUCCAGCCAAAUCAAAGUUCAGACGAUGAUGAGGAGACUAUAGCUAAAGCUGAAGAGGAAAUGAAAACGACCAAUCACAAAGAAGAAGUGGAAUUGUUAAAAAGAGAAUCGGAAAUACCUUUAGAAGAUCUUCUGAAGGAUUUACCGCAAGAUUAUUUGGAAGAUCGCAAUAGAAGUUUAUCGCCGCUAGAUGCAACGAAUGAAGAACAAAAUGAAUCUGAAGAAGCAGUUGAUGCAGAUGCGGAUUUUGUCGCAGCAUCUGGUGAAUCUUCAGAUGAAGAAGAUACUAUCUUAGAAGAAGAAAGACUCGAAGGAGAAAUCGAUCACAAGCGAGAACUCGAUGAACUUAAGGCUGAUAAUGAAAUGUCUAUCGACGAACUUGCGGCCAAAUAUGCAAAUAUGUCAGACAUGUUGAUGGACAUAGAAGAGGCAGAAGGUACGGAUAACAGCGAUAAAGAAGCGGUACAGGAGAUCGAAAUAAGCAGUAGUGAGAGUGAGAGCGAAGAGAGUGAUCGUGAGAGUGAUGAAGAAGAGGCUCAAACUCAAAGCGAUACAGAGGCGGAUAUAGGACUUCAAUCUCUUCUCGAAGAUCCCUCCGCGGAAAAACAAUCGGAUAGUAGAAUCUCAGAUCAUUCAGACGCACAUAAUGAAAUGGAUAACGUUGCCGCAUUAGCAGAGAGUAUUCAGCCUAAGGGAAAUACAUUGCUCACUACUAGUGUUGUCACCAAAAUACCUUUUCUUCUGAAACAUUCUCUUCGAGAGUAUCAGCAUAUAGGAUUGGACUGGCUUGUUACAAUGUACGAGAGAAAGUUAAAUGGCAUUUUAGCCGACGAGAUGGGUCUAGGUAAAACUAUACAAACUAUCGCGCUGUUGGCGCAUCUGGCAUGUGAGAAAGGAAAUUGGGGACCGCAUCUUAUAAUUGUGCCGACUUCUGUGAUGCUCAAUUGGGAAAUGGAAUGCAAAAAAUGGUGUCCCGGAUUCAAAAUACUAACAUACUACGGCACACAGAAAGAGAGGAAACAAAAGAGAACAGGAUGGACGAAACCAAACGCUUUCCACAUAUGCAUUACAUCUUAUAAAUUAGUAAUACAAGAUCACCAAAGUUUUAGACGAAAAAAGUGGAAAUACCUUAUUUUGGACGAGGCGCAGAAUAUAAAGAAUUUCAAAUCGCAGAGAUGGCAGUUGCUUUUAAAUUUUCAAACACAGCGGAGAUUACUUCUUACCGGCACACCUCUUCAAAAUAAUUUAAUGGAAUUAUGGUCACUCAUGCACUUUCUUAUGCCUAACGUUUUUCAGUCACAUCGCGAAUUUAAAGAGUGGUUUAGCAAUCCUGUCACAGGCAUGAUCGAAGGGAACAGCGAAUACAACGAGAACAUAAUCCGUCGUCUGCAUAAGGUAUUGCGGCCAUUUCUUUUAAGACGAUUAAAAACUGAAGUGGAAAAACAAUUGCCAAAGAAAUAUGAACAUGUGGUCAUGUGUCGUUUAUCAAAGCGUCAAAGAUUUUUGUACGAUGAUUUUAUGUCGAGAGCCAAAACGAAAGAAACACUCGCCAGUGGGAAUCUGUUGAGUGUGAUUAAUGUAUUAAUGCAACUGCGAAAGGUGUGUAAUCAUCCGAAUUUAUUCGAAGUACGACCGACUGUUUCGCCAUUUCAAAUGGAAACGAUCGAGUUUGUGACCGCUUCGUUAAUUUGGAGCGCACUUGAUUACGAUCCUUUUAAGCACAUCCAACUGUCUAGCCUGAAUCUUUUGCUGAUAGAUAUAGAGAUGACACUCAGUGCAUUUGUUGCACACAGAGUGAAUCGUCUGCGGACGCCUAGAAAGCUUAUAGAGGAGAUAGAUACUCAACCGGAACCGGCGCCGAGAUGUCCGUCUGGUCGAAUCAAGAUCAAUGUUAGAUUAUCGAAUCAAGCAAAGCCGCAACAGCAACAACAGCAAGCGCAGACUAGGUUAAAACAUCUGGCUGGCGUAUUACCCACGCAAAGAGUGGGUACGUCCCCUUUGAUAAAGUCGUUAAAUACCAGCCAAAGUGGUCUGGGACAAGGUGUUACAUUGAGAGUUGCGAGUGGUCAGCAAUUGCAAGGUUAUUCCCUUCAAUUGGUGCCGCAUCAGGGUAGUGUAAAAGCUAUCCCUGUGGCAACAUUGGGGCACAAUCCUCAAAGUACCACCGUGACAUCGACCACGGCGGUGACGAACGCGCAAAGAAUCACUAUGGGAAAUGCUAGCCUCAGAGAUGGCCUUCAGCGAUUGACGGCGCAAACUGUUACGGUCAAACAAGGCGAUUCCGUCCAGAGAAUAGCGGUACCUAGUUUUGCGCAACUUGUUCAAACCACCACUGGUAGACACUUCAUUUUCACUUCAACGCAGAAUCAACAGAACACUAACACAGUUUCUUUUCCAGUCAUGACGUCGAGCACACCGCGCUUUACAGUGUUGUCUAAACAUUCUCUGAUGGGUUUGUCCACGUCGGGUGCCACGACGAUGAACAAAGUCGUCAGCGGAGUCGUGACAACGCCGAGCGGCCGACCUAUCAUGAGAGUACCUCCUCUAAACGUAACUGCUUCGCAAUCAUCACCAAGUGGAAACAAUGGUCAGCAGACAGCCAGUCAGCAACAACCGCAAUCGAUACGUGGUAUUGUCACUAGACAGGUUCAAAAAGAAAUCGCGAAGGCGCAAAGUAAAGAAGAACCCAAAUCCGAAUUUUAUUUGCCGCAAUUGGAAGAGGAAAAAAGACAAAGGAGACAGUCUAAAUUGCAUCUUAUAGCAAACAUCAAUGAACGAAGAUGCGCGGCGUGUCCGCUUUACGGUGAAGAUCUUUUUAUGGCUUUGAGAAUCGGUAAGCCCGCGACAGCCUGUCGUUGGCACAAUGCUUGGGUGCACUGUACAACAACUCAGGAGAAGAUUCGUACUCGGAAAGAGUUCUUUACACACACGGAAGCGCUCGCGGAAGCUAUCAAAAGCACGGAGCAGAUUGUUGAAGAACUCAAAGAGGUCUUUGAAAGAUUUGUAGUCUACGUCCCAGCUGUACGGGCGCCAGUUCCUCGAUUCCAUGUAUCUCAUCCGCCGCCGUAUAAGUUAUGGAAUGAGCGCCGUCUGUGGGCCGAUUUGCAGCGACAGCUAUCGCCGAAAUUGUCGUUGUUCCAUCCGAUUUCGAGUCACAUGCUCACACAGUUUCCCGAUCCCAGAUUGAUCCAGUACGAUUGUGGCAAGCUGCAGUCGCUGGAUUGUCUGUUGAGAAAGCUAAAGUCUGGAAAUCACCGGGUUCUAAUAUUUACGCAGAUGACUAGAAUGUUAGACGUAUUAGAAGCCUUCUUGAAUUUCCACGGACACAUAUAUCUGCGACUGGACGGCACCACUAGAGUGGAUCAACGUCAGAUUUUGAUGGAAAGGUUCAACGGCGAUAAACGAAUAUUUUGUUUUAUCCUGUCGACGAGAUCUGGUGGUGUCGGUGUGAAUUUGACUGGAGCGGAUACGGUAAUAUUUUAUGAUAGCGAUUGGAAUCCUACGAUGGAUGCCCAGGCGCAAGACAGAUGUCACAGAAUAGGACAAACGCGGGACGUACAUAUCUAUAGAUUAGUUAGUGAGAAGACUGUUGAAGAGAACAUUUUGAAGAAGGCAAACCAGAAACGAUUGCUAGGAGAUCUCGCUAUUGAGGGUGGCAAUUUCACUACGGCAUAUUUCAAAAGUUCUACUAUUCAAGAUCUGUUUAAUAUCGAUCAAACGGAGAAUGAUGCGUCAACGCGAAUGGCUGAAGUGCUCGAUCAGAAUCGGGAUCGAGAGAAGGCCUGGAAUAAGGAUGUGGCAGCAGGACCGUUUCAAGGUCUUUCAGGACAGCAUGCGGAAGAAAAGACAGCAAUGGGUGCUCUUGAAAGCGCUCUUGCUGCUGUUGAGGAAGAUCUUGAUGUUCAGGCUGCAAAGACCGCGAAAGCGGAAGCCGUUGCCGAUCUUGCCGAGUUCGAUGAGAACAUUCCGUUGGAAGAAGCUGAUAAAGACGAUACGCAGGUCAGCAAGGCAGAACAGGAAGUUCAGAAUCUGAUUUCUCAGCUGACUCCAAUUGAGCGAUACGCGAUGAAGUUUGUCGAGGAGUCCGAAGGUGCGUUCUCCGCAGCGCAACUGGCUGCAGCCGAACGGGAGCUUGAGCAACAGAAAAAGGAGUGGGAACUGGAUCGGUUACGGGCACUACGUGAGGAGGAGGAGCGGCGCAUGCGGCUCGCUGACGACGACGAGAAGCCGCUGACUUUUGGCCGCGAGGAUGCGCAAAAUCAGGUUAAUAGCACUGCCGCCAAGGGCGGUUCCAGGCGAUUAGUUAGUAAGAAACUAAUGGUACCGAGUAGAAGAAGUUUGCGUAGACGUGGCGGUAAUAGAAGGAGACGCGCGCGUAAAUUAUCGUCGGAAAGCGAAAUUGAAACUACUAGCACGGAAUCGGACUCUGAUUCAGAGUCGCAGGAGGAAGACGUGGUUGAGGAUAGUCUUGAUGAGGAAUCGAGUCACACGGAGAGUCAGAGUCAAGGAGAUGAGGGCGAGGAGGAAGAAGGAGAGGAUGACGAAGGAGAAGGCGGAGAAAACGAAGAGAGCGACGAAGAGGAAGAGGCCGGCGAAGGGAAUGAGGAUAGGAGAGCGAACAAUCGCGACGAUUCCGAGCGAGGAGGGGGUUUCUCGAGACGGAAAGGACGUUUGGCAGGUUCUGGUUCGUGCACACGAAAUCAUUUCGAUUUAAACAGUCCACGCACCAGAUCCCGUGGAAAUGUUCAAAUCAAUCUUUGGACUUUGGACGUAAGUCCGAUCCUGCCCGGUGUAAAACCGAAUUUUCGUCGGCAGAGUAAGAAAUUUCAUCGCGCUAAAUCCGAGGAAACUUUUUCCUCGCCAUUAUCAGUUGACGCGUGUCGUAAGAGAAACAUUCGGGUUAAUAUGAACGCCAAGGUUUCGGCUAAUUCCGAUCAAAAUUCAAAGACUGAGAUCAUUGAAACGGAAACUGAUCGAGGUUCGUCGAAGGAUAAACGAGAUCCAAAGAAGGAAGAUCGGAACCUCGCGUCGUCCUCGGUUAAUUCAAAUAGCGUGGAACAAUGUGUUGCUGAUUCUAACGCGGAGCAAUCUAUCGAUAAUCACGUAGACUCUUCGACAUCAGUUAAAGCGCAAUCGGACCAAACGAGAACGUCGGAACUGAUCUCUAAUGACGCAGUGGACGAACAAAGUGUUAAAAAGGAAAACGAGAAAAAUGAUGAGAAAAUCACGAAUGGUACUAAUUUAAUCACGAUCUGCUCAGUUCAAGUAACACGGUGUUCGCAUAAAAUGUCCACAACUCACAGAAAGCUCGAACCUGAGGUAAAUCGUAACGAGGACGCAGAGAAUCUCGAUGUGAAUGUCAGUGCGAGCGAUUCUCGUUCUUCGUCGAACACGGUGCAACCAGAUGCAUCUUUGAAACGUCCGAAGGAGACAAUAGCUAAGUCCAAAUCGGAAUUCGGCGCAUCGGCUAAUUCUUUAUGUAACAAUACGCGAGGGAAAUUGACCAUUGCCGCACCGAAAGAGUCUGAUAAGAGCGGCGAGUCACCUUCUAGUCGUUCGGUUCCUCUUUUACGAUCGAAAGCAUUGCGAAACGGAAGCCCUGACAGGGCUGACACAAUUUCUAAACCAAUUGCCAUAUCCCGUGUUUCCACUAUGCAGAAAAAUUCCAAAAUUAAUGUAAAUACUGACGAGGCUUGUGGUAACGCGGUCGAGGAUAAAGAUAAAAACAAUUGUGAUGAAGCUCAUGACGAUGUCGAGUCAGCGAUAUCCACGACGCAAAAGUCUGGUCAGAAAUUUAAUUUGAAAAGCGAAAAUUCAAACAUUUUGCCCCAAGUAUCGGAAAAAGAGACAAGCGAUACGGUAUCAAACGCGCCUGACUUUUUAAUACCAUCGGUAAAAAGUGAAUUUAAUUCUAAUGAACCCAAACUGAAAAUACGAAAAGUGGAUAGCGUGAUUCAACGAAGCGUAACAACUCGUAAUUCAAAAAUUCCCUCCACUGUUAAUCAUGUAGAAGAAAGUAACAUUCGAUUGAUGAUCGACAAGAUCGAUUAUGUAUCGGAGAAUAAAUUAGGUUCGCAAACAAAAACUGGCCAGAUAGCGCGAAAACCCGACAAUUUGCAGCAUUCACUUGUUGAACAGAGUAGAAUCACGCGAUCGACAAGUCACUCGUGUAUGCCUCCGCCUCCACCACCUCCGCCUCUACCACUAGUUAACAAUGACGAAACAACGCAAAAUUUACCGAAAUUGAUACCAAAACGACGACCGGAUACUCCCCUUCCGCGACCAAUUACGAGAUCUGCAGCGAACUAUCCUUCUGUGAGAAUUGAUCCGAUAUUGCCUAAUCGAGUUGAAAAAUACACGACCCGGAACUCAAAGCAGUACCAGGACAACGGCCUGGUCAAUCUUCCGUUUAGACAUAAUAAAUCGAUAACGCCGAUGAAAUCGGACUCAAAGGAAAGUCCGGCGACGCCCGUGAUCUCGAUAAAACGUCGUCCGGACACACCCCGACCUAAUAUACCGCCCAGUCAUAACAACGAACUAGUACCCAGGAUGACGCGUUCAGGAUCGCUUUUAAAUUCCACUUUCUCACCAAAGUCAGCAUCGUCGCCGUUGUCUUCUUUUCCUUCCGCGCUUAGGACGAGUACAAAACAGGUACGAAUCCCAUCGACGAGCAGCGAAAACGAGAACACGAAUCUGACAUCGGCAACCUACGAGAAGCCUCAAAGAACGGCCAAGAUUGUGGCUAUUAUUAGUCUGGAUACGAGAAAUAACAGUAGUAAGAAUUCAUCAGAUCAGUCUAAAUCCAAUGUCAAUUACGAGAUGAAGAUCCAGGACAAGGAACUUCCUGUGUCUCGAUUGUCAGAUUCGUUGAAGGAACAGGAGACCGUUCCUGAGAGCUGCGACUCGUCCGACAUAAAGUUCAGGAGACUGCGUAGAGAAACGAAGCGCGCUAGAAAUAUAUCAAGUUUGGAAGACGAGGAUGGUUCUAACGAUGUUAGCGACGAAGAUCCACCGCAGAGGAGAUCUCGCUCUUCACAGAUCUCUCCCUCGCCCUCUUCCUCCGCAGCGACACGAUCCGAAAAAAUGAAGGGCACCGCAAUAUCUUGAGCCACGCUGAAGUAUCACUGUCGACGACGCGAGUUAUUCCGUCAGGAAUAUAAUUGCUAUUUGACAAAAUCAGUCAAAUAUUACUAUUCUAUUAUUGCGUCUGCUAUUCAAUCCGCCUACUAUGCGCGUGAUGCCGGGUUUGUGCUUAGCAUUUAUCGCAUGAUACUUUUAUCUCGAUGCUUCUUUUAUUAAUAUUCUUGCAGUGUAAUAUAUAAGUUUAAUGAAAGUGCACACACUUUUCAUAAUUAUUUGCGCAUUAAUUGCGUAUUACAAUAACAGCUAAAAAGAAGCAAGAGAUGUAACAUUUACUGAUUUAGAUUACCUCUUAAGAUUUGAGGUGAAACUCGUAAAUUCAUUUCUUAUGUAUAAACUUAGAUGAAGAUGGAUUUUUUCUUACAGGAUAUCUCAUAAAAACCUUAACGAUGUAAUUUGAAGGUAAAUUCCUGAAAUCGCUAUGAGAUGAAAAUCCUUGUACCAAAAUGAGGCUACAAUAGUUUUUAAAUGAGAAGUGUUCAAAGUUGGUGAAUCGAAAUACGCGGGUUCGAAUAUUGCAUAUCACACAAUAGUGCAGGUAUUCCUAAAUGUGAUUCUUAAAUUCUUAUUUUACAUAUUGAUUUUGCGUACACCUUCACUAUUCCAUACUGUUCAUAUUUGAGCACGUAUAUUUCAGACAGUUUGAUCUGCGAACUCUUCUCAUUUGAAAACUGUUUAAUAUAAUCUCAAUAUUUUUGUAUUAAGAUUUUUGUCUCAAAACGAUUAUUUUUAAGCAUUGUUUUUAAACAUUGUUACGGUUUUUAUGGAAACCCCCUGUAUAUAGAAAAAUAUGAAAUUAUUGAUUAAUGUAUAGAAAUUACAAAAAAUUUUUUUUAGAGAAAAGUAAAAAUUGAAUUAAUUUAAAGAGAUAAAAUUAAAUUGACACGACCUGUAAGAACAAAAAUUUUGUUUCUGUCACCUCUUAUUUUUUAUCUGAAAAUUUAUAAGUGUAAAAAAAAUGUUUCUUACAUUUGAAUUUAGAUGAAUUUACUGAAUGUUGUUAUUAUUUGUUAGAGCUUUUAUUUAAUUAUUUAUCAGCUUGUUUCUUUUAGAUAAACGAAAAGCAAAUAAAAAAUAAGUGAGAAAUUGUUAUUUAAUAAUUAAGUUAAUAAUAAACAUUGAGAGAAUUCUAAUGAGAGAUGCAUGAAAUAAGAAGUUUCAUGAGAUAAAGACGGAUCUAAAUCUGGUUUUUAGAAACGCCUGUAAUUAAUCGCGUAUUGAGAAUACGUCCUUUGCCCGUGCUUAUGCUAUAUUUAUCGCUUAGUGACUGUUUGAUUUUCCCUUCAGAAUAAUUCUGCGAUUUUUAUAAUGAAGAAUUCUAUAAAGAACAUUUAUGAGAAAAGCUUUUAAAUAAAUUCUAGAAUUACAUACAAGAACAAUUCCGUAUUUGGAAAAUUACUUAAAACAUUUUCAAUCUGAGAGAAUGAAAAUUUUGAAGAAAAUUCCACGUGAGAACAAAUCGGAAAUAAAGAAAACUAAGCAUUGGAAAAAGCUUCCGCACGAGAGAAGUGAAACAGAAUCGAAUAGACACUUCCAGCGUUAAUAUAGGCAUGAGUACGCAUCCUCUUGUACAUAAUCACGAUAUGAUUACGAUAAACAAUGUAUUUCUUCCGGGUUGUACCGGAUAAUACACGUGUAAUAUUUGUAGCGUUGUAAAUUGUACUCUGGUUCGCCAGCCCACUCCUCCCCUCUUCUCAUCUUUAUUCGUUGUAAAGAUAUCAACAGAUCCGUUUCUGUUGGCUGCACUUUCUGCUAUCUUAAACCUUGUUCUCUUUUGUUUUGUUCUGCGAAUAUGUUCUGUUAAAUUUGAAAGCACGGGAAAGUGCUGGCAGCAAGAGGCGGAUUUUAAAUCACGUAUGCCUAGCGAUUUAUAUAAACGAGCAUGACGAGCGAAAUGGACGAGUGUAUUAUAUUAGAAAUGAGGACCGAACUGACUUCGGUCAAGCGAUUCUCUAGCGCGCUUGUUUAAUGCGCAUUAAACUAUCCAUACACAUAUAUCGACAGGCGUCACGAGUAAGAAACGUGAUAAGGAAAAAAAAUAAUAUAAAGACUGGACGAAGCGCAGUAGUUUAAUCCCUAUUUCCACUAUUUCAGUUCGAAUUUUACUUGAAUCUGGAAGGGAAGUUUGAUAUGAUAAUUUAUUUUAAGUAAUGUGUUACACUAGUUGAUACCCGGUUGAUACUCGGAAAAGUAUCGACCAAGACGAGGAAAGGCUUUAAUCGUGCCGCCUUGAGCUACGUAAUUCACAGGACAAUGACCUGAUUAUAUUAUAUAUACAUGUUAUAUGUAUGUAUAAUAUAUAUACUACAUAUAUUAUUGUGUAUGCGUAAGGAUGUCCUCCCCUCGCCCUUUCCACUUGCCUCAUCCUCCGCCACUUACACACACAUACACACACACAAACACACAGUAAUAAUUAAGUUGCGUGCCUGUAUUUUGUAUGAUCGAGCGAGAGUUCGAAGAAGAAAAAAAAAAAUAAACGAGAUAUUCCUUGCUAUA